CUGCUGGGCUUUGAAGACGGAGAAUGGUGCAGCGAAGGCGCACGGCUGUCGAGCUCCAAACCGUUACCAACGGAGGUUCAGGAAGCUCUUGAUCAAGGAGGUGGCCGCUUAUUCGGUGCUCGUCUAGGCAACUGCGACGGUGAGAAGCAGCGUCUCUAUUUCGAUGAGUUGCAACACUUGGAGAUUCCGCUUAUGAAUGGACGCUGUUUCUGUUUAGAACUGUUAGCACCAACGAACUCUUCGGCUUCUAGAGCUAGUUGUCCUUGUCUACAACCAUGCGAAUGCUUCUUCAUGUGCAACAGCAUGUAGAUACAGAGACGCGAUCAAGAUCAUCAAGUUGGGCUUGAAGUAGAAGUAGAUGUAGAAAGCUCAAGCUGCUCCGUCCGUCCUUGUCUUUGUUACACUUUCAUAAGUUCGAUGUCUGUCAAAACGGUAGGCCGAUACGUCAAGACCUUGCCUCAGAUGGUCGAUAACGUGGAAGAGGAUCGGGACGUGGAUGAUGAUGCGGAGCGGAAUGCUGAUGAAGAUGACGCUAAAGCUAAUGGAGAAGACGCUGCUGGAGCUGUUGCUGGGCCGCAGGUCGGAGGAGCCGGAGGCGCAUCUGCGCCAGGAAAUCGGCUGGACGUGGAAUUAGACUGGGCCUCAAUUUUCUUUCAGCCACGAGAUCCAGUCGCGGAAGCUGUUGCGGAAGCCGCUUCUGCAACUGAAAACCACGAUGGCGCAGCAAAGAAAAAGAACAAGAAGCAGCAGAUCUGGUCUACUAUGGCGCCAUCAACAGACCUGCUCACUUCAGGAACAUCCAGGUACGGUGGAGAAGACCUUCUACGGGAUGACGAUGGCUUCGCUCUAAAUGUGC